AUGUCAUCAUUAACAUCUCUUAUUCCAUUUGAAUGGUUUGAAAUUCAUAGUAAUUCUCGUUCACCUCAACUUCGCGUUGGUCAUUCAAGUACAUUUACUCGUUCAUUAUCAAAUAUUUAUAUAAUUGGUGGUGCUAAUCCAUCGGAGUGUUUUGCAGAUAUUCAUUCACUUUCAUUACCAUCAAAAACAUCUGAAUCAUUUAUAUGGACAAAAUUAAUUGGUGAGGAUUCAGCACUUCGACGUUAUGAACAUUCAGCUGUUUUAUCAUCGGA